CUCCUAUCAUCCCAAACUUGGAAAAAAGGAAAGGCCUUGGAAAUGGCAGGACUGGUAUGACGGUGAGAGUCACGAUAAUCCGACGCGUGUACAAAUCUGACACUACGUCCAGUGGGGGCCACUCAAACGUCAAAAACAGAAUCGACGGAAAGCCGUUUCGAAAACUAGAGGAAAUCUCUCUCUCUCUCUCUCUCUCUCUGUGAAUGUGUUGUAGGACUGGACAUGUCGUCGGAGAGUGUCCUAGAGUUCCGGGCGGGGGACGACGCGUGGUACAGCGUGAGAGUGGAGUUGGAGGGCGAGGAAGAGGAAGAGGUAUUAAGGGUGAAGUACUUGGGGUUCUCGGAGGAGGAGGACAAUAAGUUCAGAGCGAGCGACUUCAAGAGCGGGAGGGAGGUUGAGAAAUUCAAGGACCGCUUCAGAGCGGUGUCCGUGCAGGUGCAGGACUCCGAUUGCUCCAAGGUCGUCACGGGCAACCGGGUCUGCGCCUCCUACUCCGACCGUGACGACGACGUCCGCUUCUACGACGCCUUCGUCGAUGGGGUGGAGCGUCGUGAACAUGCUCGGAAAGAAGACGGAGAAGAAGAGUGCUCAUGCAUCUUCAUCGUUUCCUGGCUACACGGUCCAAAUGUUGGAAACUUGACCACUACAUCGAUUGAAAACAUUUGUCAAGUCCAAUCAAGUGCACCAAUUGAUCCCAAGGUGACUUCUUUUCUGAAAGUAGCCCGGGAGAGAUUUAUAAUCAAUAGCGAACCUGUUUUGAUUUCUAAAGCUGACAGUAGCUCAAGCAUCAAGCCAUUCAAGCGCAAGUUUAGUUCUUUUGAACAUCUUAACCAGGAAAAAAGAUGUGCCAAGCGGACUUUGACUAAAAUAUGCCCACCUGAAGUAGGAAGGAUUGCCAGUCAUCUGGAAAGGACUAUGCAAGAUACGGAUCUUGGGGGGGUAGGAAGCCAUUUUGUGAUACUGCUAGAGAAUCUGGAUAAAGGCUUAUCUCCCUUAUCAGUUGCAGAGUUCAUACAUAGAGAAACUUCCAUAUCACCUCAAGUCUACGUUAUCCCAAAUUUGACUUCAGAGCCAUCAACACAGGGAGCCCUUGUGUUAGAUUGUGAAAAGAAAUUUCAGAAGUUGAGUGAUUUUCUGGAUAACUCAAACCACAUCAUCAUGUCCUCAAGAGAAAGACCAUGGGUGAUAAUUGAGACAAUGUCAGGGCAUAAUGCCCUAAGAGCAUCAACGUGGAUCCAGACACUCGACUCUCAGAGAAUGUUGCGGCAAGGAAGCAAUAUUGGAAGAAACGAGUUAAAGGUUGUCCAUUUUGGAAGUGAAGAGUACGAGAGAGCUAGACUGCUCAAGGAUUUAUUUGUGGAGUUUUUUAAUCAUCAAAAGGGACUUCAGAAGAGGCUAGCUUUGGAUGUUGGAAAGAUCAUGCUGCAACACCCGAGGAAAUGCUCUGUUUCUUGUUCAUAUGCUUCGGAUUAGACUAUUAGUUGCGAGAAUUUGCAUUUGCGAACAUGGGUGCAAUUCAGAAGUGAGCUGAAGAAGUUGUCUGUGUGUUCUCCUGUAGAGUUGAAGGAUUUGGUUUGCUGUAAG